AUUUACCCUUUGAGGACUUUAAUGAACAACGGUAACCGCCCUUUCCGGCCACGUGACGUCUGGGAUUGUUUGGAACCGCGCGUCUUUCGGUGUUGGCGGGUAUCAGUUGAUUCACUGCUGUAGAGCCUCUCGGCUGACAACAGAGAUACUUUACCGCUCCACAUACUCCUCGAUCACGCUAUUUCUUACAAAGAAAAUGUCUGACUGGACCAGAGGCAGACGAAGUGACCCUCACAGCAGCAAACCUGAAAAUAGGAAACGAGGGAUUGACGGAAGCCUGCGAGCCAACAGAGAGGCAGGUGGUGGUGGUGGUGGCAGGGAGAACGGCGGGCACACCGACAGCAGCUACAGAUACUCAGAAAAAAGACAUGCUAAUUUCACCACUCCAGAGAGCACAGGCCCGGUGUCUCGCUGCAGCAGAGCUGCUGACUGGGGCAGCCAGGUAGAUGAUGAAGAUGAGAUGAGGAGGGAUGUACACAGAGACAUGCAGCGUUACAGGAGGAGGAUACUGGGUGCAGAGGUCACCCAGAGAGAGAGAAAGACCUCAUCUGGCUCUUCUGAGAGCUGUGAUUCAAGAGAGGGAGAAAACAUGGAGACCGAUGAGGCUGUGUUGCUACGGCGCCAGAAACAGAUAAACUAUGGCAAGAACACACUGGCCUAUGACCGAUACACCAAGGAAGUGCCAAAACACAUGCGUCAGCCGGGUGUUCACCCAAAGACUCCCAAUAAGUUCAGGAAGUACAGCCGUCGCUCCUGGGACCAGCAGAUCAAACUGUGGAAGGUCAAACUACACGCCUGGGACCCCCCAACAGAGGAUGGCCAGGACAAAGUCCUUGAUAUUGAGGAGCUGGGUCUUGAUGAUGUAAUGGACAUUGAGCUGGACUUCCCAACCUUGCCAGACUCAGACCAAAAGACCCCAGCCUCUCUCCCCGCACAUAGCCUUUCCCUGGAGGGUGAAGACUGCUCAGGUACUCCAGUCAAAGUACAGAAGACAGAAACCAGAGUGGAGCCUGACAUGGCCUAGUUUUCUUCAUGGAAAAGAAAGAA